AUGGCACAGGACAUUAAAAGUGUAGAGGGCAUUGUUUGGGAGUCAGUUAUUGUUGAUUAUUGUCAAGACUCAGUUGCAAAACACCUCAAACAACUCAAGCAACUACCAACAGAUUUUAGGAUGGUGCUUUUGAGCUCUCCACUGAAGGAUAGUCUUCCUGAGUACAAGAAGCUACUAGACUUCCUUAACUCAGAACAAGAAGACAGUGGAGAUUACAUUGAGACUGAUAGCCUUGCUAUGUUGAGAGCAAGGUUUACAUGCCAUAUUGCAUAUGAACGAAAAGCAGGUUCUUCAAAGUUUUUGGAGUAUUGGGUUCUGGCUUACCUUUCACAAGUGCAGCUAGAACUCUAUUCUUCUAUAUUGCUUGCAAAUUCCUCUGUCCUGCAGUCACAAAUGACAACUGACGGUGUUGGAGCUCUUUGUGACGUUGUCAUGUCUCUUUGGAAGUCUGAUGGGGCAGUUGGAGACCGAAUGGGCAACAUCUUGGAAGACCUCGUGCGCCAUAAAUUUGGCCCCGAGUCAUACGAAUGUGUUCAAAACCGUUCAGCAUUUGCAAUGAAGCAAGAAGCAAUGAAUAUGUUCAACGACACGACCAAAGGGAGAUUUGUUUUUCUGAUCGAUAGCCGUGCAUGCCAACCCAGCAUUAAUCUUUCAUCUAUUGAUUCCAUUAUCAUUUAUGGUAGUGACUUGAAUCCACUAAAUGAUCUGAAGGCUCUUCGAAAGCUCAAGAUAGGGUCGCAACUGAAGUAUGUGCGCAUUUUCCGCUUAUAUACUCCUUUCACAGUGGAGGAGAAGAGUCUUGUACUCGCCAAGCAAAGCAUGGUUAUUGAUAGCAACAGCCAAGACAUAACAUUUAGUUUAAGCCAUUGCUUGGUCAGCUGGGGUGUAUCAUUCCUCUUCAACAGAGUUGAUGAGCUUCAACAAGAUAACUGCGCAAGUAAAAGUAAUGAAAGGGGCACAAUCUUUAUGGAUAAAGUAAUUUUGGAAUUCUUAACUGAACUGUCUACUGAGGUUGAAGAUAGCAGCAAAGUAAAUAGUACAACCAUAUCAAAAGCUUGCAUGAGUGGUGAGUUUUAUUCAAGAAACAUUACUCUGAUAGGAGAGAAGGAGGGGGUGUCUUCACUGGAUGGAGAUCCACCUAAAUUCUGGUUAAAUUUGCUGGAUGGGAAAUCUUAUUGUCAGCGCUAUAAACCAAUCGAAGUUACCACUGAAGAAACUAACACAUCCAGAAGGAAGCGUAGAAACACAUGUGAAACUGCAGGUUCUUCAAAGUUCCGUGUGGAUGUAAUUAAUCAUGACCUGCUUCCUGAAAUUAGUACUCCAUCAAGUGCUGACCUUCAUCUACUUCCUGAGACAGGAGUGGAAAACAUGAGCACACCCAAAAGUCUUCACGCUGAAAUUAAGCAUGAGCUGUCAAAGCUAAUGAUGGUGUUAAAGCUACCAGAUAAUGUACACUUUCUGGCCAAGCAGUUCCUUGAAUAUCUUUUAAAGAAUCAUCUAGUUGUGCGGGAGCCACGGUGCAUACUGCAUGCGUUCAACAUAGCAUUGUCUUGGCGUGCUGCUUCUUUUCUGAAAUACACUAAGUUGGAUCAUCGAGAAUCACUUGCCCUUGCUUCAGAUGGCUUGAAAUAUGAAUGCAGUGAGGAGCUCGCAGAAUUUUUCUAUAAAGAAAUAGGUAUCUUAAAAGAAAAGGUUGCACAUAAACCAGGUGGAAGAAUCAAUGAUAGAUUAUCACCACAUGAGAGCUCAUCUGCUAACUUGAGAAGUGACCACAAUUUGCCGAAGCAGGCAAUGGAUCUUCAUGGUAACUUCACAAAUGGCACUGAAGAUAGCGCGUCUGCCGCUGAGAAGAAGGUGAUGGUUUCAGAUGAGCACGAAUUGGUAUCUGCUCCAGAUGCUGGCAGAGAACAGCAUCUCUUAAGUGACGAAUCUCCUAGUAAUGCUGCAAUGAAAAGAAUAGACUGA